GUGAACACAGACGGUAAAAUAAUGGUCAGAAGAUGCCUAGUGACGUUCAAACCGUUCAGGAUCUUUGUGGUGGGGAUCGGUUUCUUCAGCCUCUGCUUUCUAAUGACUUCCCUGGGUGGCCAAUUCUCGGCCAAACGUCUUGGGGACUCACCCUUCACCAUCAGGACAGAAGUGUUGGGGGGAAUGGAGUCUCGUGGAGUGCUACGAAAGAUCAGCGACAUGUUGGAGGUCAUCAUGAAGAGGAUCGAUAGUCUGUCCAAACUGGACAACGCUAAUGACUCUCGUCGACUGGAGGAGCUGAGCUCUGCCAUUAACAGGAUCCAGCCGGCAGGAUUAGUGGAGCGCAUUCAAGCCAUCGCCCAGAACGUGUCCAACAUGGCGGUUCGAGUGGAGCAGAUCCUGCAGAACAGCAUGGCUGCUGGGAGAGUGGUCAGGGAUGGGACAUCAGGCCAGUGUGAAGUUCCCAGAGAUCCACGCUUUCCUGACUGCCCUGGUAAAGUGGAUUGGAUGCGUGCCCGUUGGACAUCUGACCCCUGCUACGCCUUCUAUGGUGUGGAUGGUUCGGACUGCUCCUUCCUCAUCUACCUGAGCGAGGUGGAGUGGUUCUGCCCCCCGUUACCCUGGAGGAACCACACAACCUCCCCCACUGUACGCAAGAGCUCCACCAAGAGGCAGGCGGCUUUUCGUACAGACCUCGGCGCUCUUCUGGAGCAGGUGGGGACGGGGAAAGAGUCCCUCAGCUUCAUGAAGAGGCGUAUCCGGAGGCUAGCCGCGCAGUGGGCCACCGCCGCGCAGCGGCUGGACGUCAAGUUGCGCAGGCGAUGGAGAGAGCAGAAGAAGAUCCUGGUACACGUGGGCUUCCUGACAGAGGAGUCUGGGGACGUCUUCAGCCCGAAGGUGCUGAAAGGAGGGCCGCUGGGCGAGAUGGUACAGUGGGCGGACAUUCUGACUGCUCUUUACAUACUGGGCCACAAUCUCAAGGUUUCAGUCUCUGUGAAGGAGCUCCAGGGAUAUCUUGGAGUUCCUCCAGGAAGAGGAAGCUGCCCUUUGACAGGACCCCUGCCUUUUGACCUCAUCUAUACGGACUACCAUGGACUUCAGCAGAUGAGACAGCACAUGGGGCUCUCUUUAAAAAAACACAAGUGUCAUAUUAGAGUGAUUGACACGUUUGGUACAGAGCCAGCGUAUAACCAUGAGGAGUAUGCCACUCUCCAUGGCUAUCGGACCAACUGGGGCUACUGGAACCUAAAUUCCCGCCAGUACAUGACCAUGUUCCCUCACACACCAGAUAACUCCUUCAUGGGCUUUGUGUCUGAGGAGCUGAACGACACAGAGAAACGCAAUAUUCAGCAAAACAAGGUGAAGAACAUGGCGGUGGUGUACGGUAAAGAGGCCAGCAUGUGGAAGCUUCAGGGCAAAGAGAGAUUCUUACAGAUCCUGCACCGCUACAUGGAGGUUCACGGCACAGUGUACUACGAAACACAACGUCCCCCUGAGGUCCCCGCUUUUGUCAAAAACCAUGGCUUGCUGCCACAGCAGGAGCUACAGCAACUUCUGAGGAAGGCCAAGCUCUUUAUUGGAUUUGGCUUUCCUUAUGAAGGACCAGCCCCUUUAGAGGCCAUAGCCAAUGGAUGCAUCUAUCUGCAGCCCAAGUUCCACCCUCCUCAUAGCUCACUCAAUCACGAAUUCUUCAGAGGGAAACCUACAUCCAGAGAGGUGUCCUCCCAACACCCUUAUGCUGAGCAGUAUAUUGGGCGGCCCCAUGUUAUGACUGUGGAUUUUAACAACUCUGAAGAGUUUGAGACAGCUGUUCGAGAGAUAAUGAGGACAAAGGUUGAGCCUUUCUUGCCUUAUGAAUAUACUUGUGAAGGAAUGUUAGAGAGAGUUCAUGCCUACAUACAGCAUCAGGAUUUCUGUACCCCUGAGGCUCCGUUUCCGCCUACAAACGCCUCAGUGACGUGGCAGGGAAGCCCCUUUGCCCUGCUGCCCAACUCCACACUGCUGGGAUGGGCACCAAACAUAAGUGCACCUCCUUCCUGGCCACCACUCAGUGCUCUGAGGCUCCUGGUGUCAGCAGAGGGUCAGUCGUGUGUGGAAGCAUGUCAGCGCUCGGGACUAGUGUGCGAGCCUGCCUUCUUUCGCUUUGUCAACAACAAAGAUGUCCUAAGCAGGCUGGAGGUACAGUGUGAGGUUUUCGAAGUUGAGAUGAACCAUAUGUUCCCAGCGUUCUCCGUAUCUCAGCGUGAGUGCAGCCUACAGAAGGAACCUCUCCUCUUCAGCUGCGCCGGUUUCAGCACCAAGUACCGACGAGUUUGCCCCUGCAGGGACUUCCGGAAAGGCCAGGUGGCACUGUGCAGGAACUGCUUAUGA